AUGCCGCUUACAAAAUUGAUACCUAGAAAACCAGGAUGUUUAUUAUCGAUUUGCUUGGUUCGCCUUCCGUCAAAAGAUGAGUGGAGUAACCAUUUGGUGGCAUGUGGUUUGGCUGACAUGAACAAACGAAAGUUUGAAUGUGACUUAUGUGACCAAGCUUUAGGGGAAAAGGUGAUUCUUACCAGGCACAUCAAAAGGGUUCACCCGAGUGUAGAAAAGAUCAAUGCAGCUAUUCCAGAGCAAGUAGAAUCUACACCAAAGCCUUCCCAACAAGAGGAAGAUGAAUGGGACAAAGACCCAGGAGAACUGAUCUUUGAUGAUGCUGAUCUGGAGGUUGGUAGAACCCAGCAUAAAAGAACAACACCACGUUUACCAGGCGUUAAACGCAAAGAUAAAGAAAUAGAAAUUGAGAAUGAAAUGGAGAUCAGUGAACCCGAUUCCCAGGAGGCGCCCUUGGAAUAUCAUCACUGCUCCUGUUGCAAAAAUGCCAGAAAAGAGAGAAUUGAUGCUGGAACGCAGACCAACGUAAAGCUUGAUGAACAGAAGAAAACAGGUCAUCAGAAAAUAAUUAGAGUGAUCAGGAGAUAUCAAGAGAAGGGUGAAAGUGUAGAAAAAUUUGAAGAAGACGUUUGGUAUGAUUAA